GUUUUUUUUUUGCUUCACUUUGUUGAUUUUGUUCAUCAUAAAAUAUUUGAGUGCCUACAACUUGGUGGACACUGGUUUUAGGUGCUAGGGAUGCAGCAGUGAAGAAAACAGGCAAACUUCCUAAACCCUUAUUCUCUAGUUUCCGUUUGUGUGGGUGUGGGUGUGGAUAAUAAACAAACCAAUACACAAAAUAUUUCAGGCGGCGAUAAAUACUAUGAAGGGAAAUAAAGCAGGAUACGGAUUGUGUAGUCAGGGCAGACCUCCCUCAUAGGAUGAGACCUGAAGGAUGCUAGGGAGAGAGCCACAUGGACACCUGGAGAAGCACAUUCCAGGCAGAGGAGGUGGUCGGUCCAGCACACACCCUGAAGGAGGAGUGUGCUUGGUUUGUGGGAAGAACAGGAAGGGGCCCUGUGGCUGGAGUUGGUGAUCUCAAAGAAGCCUGGUGGGAACUGCCUUCAGAGAGGAAGCAGGUGCCAGAUUACAUCUACAGCACAGUAUAGCGCAGCCAUUUUGAGGGAUGUGUAAUUUGAAACUCUACCCCAAUGACAUGAUUGAUGAAAGAGGGUCCAAUUUAGAAUUUGGCAGCAAGCAGUAUGAAAUUGCAAACUUUUGAACCAGGAAACUUCCUGGCUAAAAUAACAUUCCUAUUUAGAGGAUUGAGAUUUAAUGAAGUCCUAUGUGAUCAUUUCUUUGACUCAUUGUUUUCUAAAAUUCCUAAUUCUUGAAUAAUUCUUAUUUAAAUAAUCCUAACACAAUUGGGAAGCUAUUUAUCAGACAAAUCAGAAGUGGAUCCUAGUGGUUUCUUUUCUGCCAGGAGCUUGGGGACAGACUUUCAGAGUUGCUCUCAUGUGAUCACUGCUAUUUCACGGUGGCCCCAUGGAGCUGGUUAGACAGACCCUCAGCGUGGUAGAACCUCUUACUUAAUUCACAAGGCAGCUCAGCUAGACUGAAUUAAUUGGAGCCCUUGGCCCAGAAUGUUUUCCUGGGUUUGCUUGUGAAAGAACAAGGGAAAUCACACACAACAAAAUACUUUAUUUCCAGGAUUUGGUAAAACCAAUUAAAACCAAAAUCUUUUAUAUCAUCAUUAGUCUGUAACUUCUUAAGGCAAGGAUCGUAUGGUUUGUUUUCACUUCUGUAUCCCCCCCAUACUUCUGUAUGCUGAGCAUAAUUUUAGAGGCUCCAAAAAAUUUGUUUUUAUUGAAUGAAGGUCACAUUCUAAGAUCUUUAAUAUUUUGUCCCAAUUUUCUACAACUCUGCAUUCAUAAUGCUUAGGGUAAGUAUCAAGGUUCAUAAGGACCUUACCGCCCUGUGUUUCUUAAGUCUUAGGCCAGGCUGAGCUCCAAGCUAUAGAAUGCUAGAGAUCACAUAUUAUUGCUCUGGGUCCUGCCAGCGCGUGGCCCCAAGGCGUGGUGCAGACUAUGCAAGUGUUAAUCCUCAUAAUAGGAUUAACCAUAACACAUCCUUCCCAAACAGAAACUUGGGAACCUGGGGAGCAAUGGCUGCCCCCGGAAUCCUGCCCUUUUGAAAGGAAAGUUAGUAGUUGAAAAGGCUAGUACUGCUGAUAGUGUUGGGCAACAAGGAAUAAAAAAUGAAAAACCAUAAAAGGUUUGUGUUCAAGAUGGGCCUAGUUAACAGGUGUCCAUUUUCAGAUUAUAAUUGAAAUGCUAGCACAGCAUGCAUCAACUCCGGGAAUGUUUCAAUAGUUCAUUAAUCACAUGAGAACAUAAAAAUGGAAAGCUUAAAGUAGCCAUAUUAAUUUAGGUUGGUUCCUCUGUAAAGGGGAGCUUUAUAAUUCAUAAAGUUUAUUUAAACACUCAUAGCUGAGUUCAUAUUAACUCAUGCUCCAGCUAUCAUUCCUUUAUAGACUGAGAAAAAAUUUAUGAUAAUCUAUAUUUAAAUGGCAAUGACUCAACCAUUGGUUAAAAACCGAGUCCAGAGACUCUCAAUUUACCAGUCAUUGAUUUCUUUAUUUUUUGGAGGCCACCCAUUUACUUUCUUCAUCUUCCUACUUUUUCUUUAAUAAAGAAAAAGAAAAAGGAUCGUAGACAGUUCGCUAAUACAGAAGGCUGUGAUAAUCCUCUCAGUAUAUAUUUAGGGUAUAAUUUAAAUGACAUUGUAAAUGAAUUUUUAUUAAUAAUUCCAAUAGAUAUCCUCAGAGUUCUUCAGAAAGAUGACUUUCUUCCUGCCACUGUAUGUGCAACGCGGCUUGUGUAUGUUUAUGACUUAGAGUCAUGUUUUGGCCUGUGAAGCACAAAAACCUUUCUGGAGCCAAGUUUUGUCAGUGCUAAUACAUGCCCUUUACGUCCCGCAUUCCUUAAUUGCUUCAGAACACUCGCCUGAUAGGUGAGCAGUCCUCACAGCCUUAUGAGAGAGGUAAGGUCAUUGGUUAGUUUCCACAGAAGUUUGGAUUGCUCUUCCACAUGAGGUGGCAGAAGCCCUGGCAAGCCAGCUGAGGUAUGCCUUGAGGUCGGGGCUGCCUGACUGAGCUGUAGAAGAGGAAUAAGGAGCAAGAGUCCAGCCCGGAGGCAGCUCUCAUGGCUGUUGGGUGUUUUUCUCUUGAGUCUGUCAAGAGCAGGAAAUGUGACCAACGUCAUUAAGGCGGUGACUGAGACUCCCUGGCAAGGUGAGUGUCCUCACAGACCAAGUGGAAGCCCAAGGAGAGAAAAUUCGGGACCUGGAAGUGUGUCUGGAAGGACACCAGGUGAAACUCAAUGCUGCUGAAGAGAUGCUUCAACAGGAGCUGCUAAGUCGUACAUCUCUUGAGACCCAGAAGCUUGAUCUGAUGACUGAAGUGUCUGAGCUGAAGCUCAAGCUAGUUGGCAUGGAGAAGGAACAGAGAGAGCAGGAGGAGAAGCAGAGAAAGGCAGAGUCGGUUCUGAAUGUGAUCAGUGAGCUGCAGGAGCAGAUGUGUAGGCUGCAGCUGGACAUCCACAGGCAGAUUCAAGAGCGCUUCUUACUCAGUAGGGACAACCCUGAGGAGGUGGUGGCUGGUGAUGGUGCGGCCGAGCCCCAGCCCUGCAGCCAGGACAAUGCCUGUGGGGAGGGGUCACCUGAGUUACUGCAAGAGCUCAGGCACCUCAAAAUCAAGGUGGAAGAGUUGGAAAAUGAACGGAAUCAGUAUGAGUGGAAGCUGAAGGCCACUAAGGCUGAGGUAGCCCAGCUUCAAGAGCAGGUGGCCCUGAAGGAUGCAGAAAUUGAGCGUCUGCACAGCCAGCUCUCCCGGACUGCAGCUCUCCACAGCAACCAUGCAGAAAAAGACCAAGAAAUUCAACGUCUGAAAAUGGGGAUGGAAACUUUGCUUGUUGCCAAUGAAGAUAAGGACCGUCGGAUAGAGGAGCUUACAGGGCUGUUAAACCAGUACCGAAGGGUGAAGGAGAUUGUGAUGGUAACUCAAGGGCCUUCAGAAAGAACUCUCUCAAUCAAUGAGGAAGAACUGGAAGGAAGUUUCAGAAAGUGGAACACUGCAAAUAAAGGCCCUGAAGACUUAUUUAAGCCAGAGAUGCCUCCGAGAUGUAGUUCUCCCACAGUGGGGCCACCUCCACUACCGCAGAAAUCACUGGAAACCAGGGCUCAGAAAAAACUCUCUUGUAGUCUAGAAGACCUGAGAAGUGAAUCUGUGGAUAAGUCUGUCGAUGGGAACCAACUCUCCCCAGUGGUAGAACCCAAGGACAGUCCUUUCCUGGUAGAGCACAAAUACCCCACAUUACCUGGGAAGCUUUCAGGAGCCACGCCCAAUGGAGAGGCUGCCAAAUCUACUUCCACUGCCUCCCAGCCUGACCCGGCAGGGAGCAGCCUGCUGAAGCUGAAUCGCGGCCGGAGUGUCAGUGCCCCUGUAUUAGGAGACACAGAAAGUGGCUGGGACGACACUGCCAUGGCCAAUGACCUCUCAUCCACGUCAUCUGGUACUGAGUCGGGCCCCCAGUCUCCCCUGACACCAGAUGGUAAACGGAGUCCCAAAGGCAUCAAGAAAUUCUGGGGAAAAAUCCGAAGAACUCAGUCAGGAAAUUUCAACACUGAUGCACCCGGGAUGGCAGAGUUUCGACGAGGUGGCCUCCGGGCAACCGCAGGGCCACGACUCUCUAGGACCAGAGACUCCAAGGGUCAGAAAAGUGACGCCAAUGCCCCCUUCGCCCAGUGGAGCACAGAGCGGGUGUGCACAUGGCUGGAGGACUUCGGCCUGGGUCAGUACGUGAUCUUUGCCAGGCAGUGGGUGACUUCUGGCCACACUUUACUGACAGCUACCCCUCAGGAUAUGGAAAAGGAGCUAGGAAUCAAGCACCCUCUUCACAGGAAGAAGCUGGUUUUAGCAGUGAAAGCCAUCAACACCAAGCAGGAGGAGAAGUCUGCACUGCUAGACCACAUUUGGGUGACACGUUGGCUCGAUGAUAUUGGCUUACCCCAAUACAAAGACCAAUUUCAUGAAUCCAGAGUUGAUGGACGAAUGCUGCAAUACUUAACUGUGAAUGAUUUACUCUUUUUAAAAGUCACCAGCCAACUACAUCAUCUCAGCAUCAAAUGUGCCAUUCAUGUGCUCCAUGUCAACAAGUUCAACCCCCACUGCUUGCACCGGAGGCCAGCUGAUGAGAGUAACCUUUCUCCUUCAGAAGUUGUGCAGUGGUCCAACCACAGGGUGAUGGAGUGGUUGCGAUCCGUGGACCUGGCGGAGUAUGCGCCCAACCUUCGUGGGAGUGGUGUCCACGGAGGUCUCAUUAUCUUGGAGCCACGCUUCACUGGGGACACCUUGGCUAUGCUUCUCAAUAUCCCACCACAAAAGACGCUCCUCAGGCGCCACCUAACCACCAAAUUCAAUGCCCUGAUUGGUCCUGAGGCUGAACAGGAAAAGCGUGAGAAAAUGACCUCACCAGCUUACACACCACUGACCACCACAGCCAAAGUCCGGCCAAGGAAACUAGGAUUUUCACAUUUUGGAAAUAUAAGAAAAAAGAAGUUUGAUGAAUCGACAGACUACAUCUGCCCGAUGGAGCCCAGUGACAGUACUGGUGACAGUCACAGGGUCUACAGUGGCUACCGGGGCCUCAGCCCCCUUGAUGCCCCUGAACUGGAUGGGCUGGACCAGAUGGCUCCUUCAGAAGGCACUGUGACGCAGAUAGGGCUCCUCUCCCAAGACAUUCACCGCCUCACGACUAUGCUGAGCCAGGACCAGCUGCUGAAUGACUCUCGCCUGGUUGCUCCCAACUGUGAGGACUGGAGAUGACUUUCUUCAUGGCUGAGAGCCCAGACAGGCACGUGUGGGGGCCUUGAGCCUUUGCUUCAAUGGGGAACUGGAACACAGCCACCUCCAGAGCCCAGGCUGUGGCUGGCAGGGCAUCUGGGACAUGGGUGUUGGCAGGAGUGAAGCGGGGCUGUGGAACAGACGUCCAGGAGGGGGCCCCAGUGUCCCUAUGUGUUUUCAACCAUGCUGUGCUCCUCACCACAGCUUUUAUACCUUUUGUACUUUCAUACGUGGACUGCAGACCACUCUUGUGGGAAGGGCAAUGUGACAUCAGCACAGACUCAAUGGCUUGUGCUGUUCCUGGUAACAGCUACAAGGCUCUUACACCAAAGGGGAAGGGCUAGUAGUUCAUAAAAGCUCUGCUGGAAGAAGGUUCUGAGAAAAUGUUCUGUAGUGACUGAACUGGGUGGAAUGAUACUAGGGAGCCCCUCCUGUGCUGCUUCCAUACAGAAGCACAUAUUUCCCAAGUGCACAGAAACCUGGCUGAGGUGAGGGUGUUUAGGGUGAGAGGAGGGAAGGAGCAGUGAGACUCCUUCCCACUGUCCUGGCUGCCCUGAGUCUACCCUCCUCUACAGUGGGUGUCUCCGGUUCCUCAGUGCUGUAGGCCUCCAGCAUCUGAGCAGAGGCGUCUCCAGCAAACACGCGCUCAGGGCCUUCUCCUUCCCCCAUAGCUGACACAUGGAGAACAGUCUCCAAAGCCUUCCCCCCAUCAGCCUCAGAUGAUCAAACAGCUCCCCCUUGUGGAAGGCCCUUGGGCAACCCAAGUCAUUUCCACCACAACUCACCAUCUCCCAGACAAGCCUGGUACCUCCCUCAGGGAGGGUCGCCCACACAGUCCCCUCUCAACCAAUCUUCCCCUUUAGUGACCAGCCCCUUCCUCUUCCUCCCUGUGAAGGCUCUGGCCCUAGGCCUCAUCUGAUUUCCACAGCUGGUCUCCUCCAGACAAAGUACCCCAUCCCCAAAGUUGACCUUCCCAAAGCUCUGUUUUAAUCCUGUUAGCUUUCUGCUGAGAACUCCUCAGUUCCAGAAUUACCAGAGUAGAGUUCAAAACUUUAGUCAGCACCUGAGGCUUUCUGACUCUUUCAGGCUUCAUGAACCUGCACUCCAGC